AUGGCUAAGAUCUAUCACGAACGACAACGAUUACAAUUUUGCCUCUUGCACUCCCUCAACAAUCUAUUUCAGGAAAAAGACGCAUUCACUAAAGAAAGCUUGAACUCAAUCGCAGAGAAGCUCGUGGACGAUGAUCCAAACAAAGAAACAUGGACACCUCUCUCAUUCCUCCUCAAGCCUCACCACAAUACACUCACUGGUAACUACGACGUAAACGUGAUGAUUAAAGCUCUUGAAGGAAAAGGCAAGAGUGUUGUUUGGCAUGAUAAGCGUUGUGGAGCUUCUUUGAUUGAUCUUGAUGAUGCAGAUACUUUAAUGGGUAUUGUGUUGAAUGUUCCUGUUAAGAGAUAUGGUGGACUUUGGAGAAGUAGGCAUUGGGUUGUGGUUAGAAAAAUCAAUGGUGUUUGGUGGAGAGGUUUUGCUUGUGAAUAA